AUGGACACGUUCACGAUCACGCUCAGAGGAACGAGUUUUCAGCUCACAAAAGACCAGGUCGAGUUUGAUGGGCCCAACUACUUUACGUCCUACUUUUUUGGCGGGUUCAAAGAAGCCGAGCAAGGCACGCGCGACCUGACGCUCAACCGCCACCCAAAACUGUUCGAGCUCAUCUACGAGCACCUGUCUGGGUACGAGAUAUUUCCAGUUGCGGAUGGAUUCAUCCCUGGCAUGUCCACCGAGACCGUUCUCAAGAAUCUUCGGUUGGACGCCCAGUUUUAUGGACUGACCCUCCUCCUCGCAGCCGUAGAAGACGAGUUGCACACCCGAGUAGAAGAAAUGAAGCCAGAGCCUCCUCUCAAAUACGACUAUUCUCUCCUGGUAAGCCCACCCGGUUACAUUGUGAGUGUGAAUUCAAGGGAUCCCCAGGUCCGAUGGAAUGGAUUUAGACCCUCGUUGGACCGGUAUCCUGUCCCUCAAGAGUCUCUUCAAGCCUACCUAGAUCAGUUCAAGGUCGCAGACCUUGGCUCCCAGGACCGCAGCUGGAUUCCCGUAGAGGGCGAUCAACAGAUUGUUGCAGUCUGGGAAAACCCCAAUAGAGCAAACUUUGCAUAUGCCCUCGUCAAGCGAAGGAG